CUAAUCAUAUCCUCUUACCAAUCCAUUAUCCAAGGUACAUCCAAUAGGACGUUACCAAUUAUCUUAUUUCAUAUUUUUCGGUAACCGCCAAGAUGUGCUUCAUCGAGUACGUCGGUUACACCUGUGGCCACACCUGUGUGCCGGUGAAGCGACCGUGCCCAAUGACGACACAGCAAUUUAACUUCCCCUGCUGCGCCCAUGCGGCUACAAAGCCCAUCCUGUACCCUGAAAUGUGCCCUUCUUGCAUGCGCAUCCUACACGGACGAUGGAUUGACAUUCUAGAAAAUGAGCACCGUUUCAUGCACGCCCGCGGAGCCUGCACUUGUGAUGUCAAGUUCCCGUACCUGCAGGAACCCCGCAUCAUUAGCCAGGACACGGUAGUAGCAGACCAGGCCAGUGAAUGCUCAAGUGUCACAGUGACGAACUGCAUGCCAACCUCUCAAGUUGGUGAUGCCGGUUCCAGUGCUUCGGCGUUCCUGUCUGCGGACACCGACCGGAAGGGUAAGAAACCUAUGAGCGAAUUCACACUCUCCCCUGUCGCAUCGCACUUCACUCCAUCCUUGGGUAGUCAUCUAGCAGAUAUCCAAUAUCCCCCCUAUGAACUACAAGGUUCAGCGGCACCUUCCGAGUAUAUCGGCGACAGCACCGCAGCUUCCUCUUUUACUCCCGGAAAUACGGAGCGUGAGCCCCGCCCCUCUCCUAGCUCAAGCAAGGGCACGCGACGUAAAGGCAAGAAGUCCCGAGGAAAGAACAUCAGUGGCAGCAGCAAUGCGCGACCUUCUGACCCCGCUUCUCCUUAUCGCCAAAGUAUAAAUGAGGAGCCCCAAUCUUUCCAGCAUCAACAACUUCAACAACUUCAGCACCAUGAGAAAAGCCAGAAAUCGCCGCAACGAGGCCGCCGAACCUCUUCCUCAUCGCACCGCAAGAGCAAGCUUGCCCCCCUCCAUGAGGAGCUUGUGCUUGACACUCCCUCAUACUACGGUGCUCCUGUGCCUGCAUUUACAUCUACCCUUACACCCGAGGCAACAUUGGUUGCCUACGCAGGCGACGGUGGUGAAUUUAGUCGGGAUACUAGUAGGCUCCCCAUUUCUGUCUCAGUUCGCUCCCGUAGCCUCUAUGGGGCAGAGUGGCUCACGGACCACGCAGAACUCCACCGACAGGGUCACUGUGAAUGCGACAUCCGAUUCGACAAGUACAGACUAAGCGACGAGCACGCCGCUAUGCUGCAAGAGCAAUGGAACUUGGAGGAAUCGACGGCUAAUGCUUACACUAGCUUUGAUAGUGCUAGACCUUCUACAGCCCCUGGCGGCUACAUGAGCACCGGUAGCUUUUCGGGCGGUAAUGGAGGUUGCGGUGGUGUUAAUGGCGACAACGCCAACAACCCCAAGAAUAUUGUUAUCGUGUCGUCGGACUCAGCUCAGGCGCAGUCAUCAGCGCUCUCAUCUACCCGGGUCCCGGCAGCCACUACCACAGCAGAAGAGCAAGACUCCCAAGCGGCAUUUCCGUCAUACUCAUCAUUCCUCCAGGAGUACCCCAUCCUCACUCCCGACCCUAGUCUUCCGAGUCACGCCUCUUAUCAAUCGGCCCGCUGGGGAUACAGUGCGUACGACACCUCCGAUCUAAACAACACGUCCCAAGACCCCACGACAGGUGCCGAGUAUUUCGACCGCAGCCCGCGUCCGGUAGAUAUGCAGACCUGGCAAUACGAGGUCAACAAGGUGCCCAUUGCGGGUCUACCCAUUGGCGCUGGACCGGAGGGAACAUCCCAUAUGGCCCCUUUCACAACCUGCGAGUUAAACCGCCAACUAUACCCCCAGGGCCCGGACCAUCACCAAUCGGCUUCCCGUUAGGGACUUGCCGAAACCACUACAAAUGGGAAUGAUUUUUUGGAAGCUGGGCGUGAAAAGAUUAACGCCUAAUGACUACCGCUACUAGACGGUUACUACCGGAAUUAUAACGAUGCAUUGCCUUCUGAGUAAGUCGACUUUGCUAUCCCCUAAUUUACUUCUUAAUUCUCUAAUUUUAAUAACCAAAGUCAGCUGACGUCAUUUAUAGAAUACGAAUGAAACGAAGAAAA